UUUAAAUUCCUAACCAAAAUUUCACAACAGCUGAGUGCUUUGUGUAUAUACAUUUCCAUAUUUUUAUUUUUUUGUUUUAAUUAAUGAAAAUUUAAUUACUUUGCUACUGUGAGUUCAACGAAAAGUGUGUAAUAAAAUUUUUUAAUCUACAAAUUAUCAAAGAAUCGUCGUUUUAAAGAAAUGUCAGAACCAGAAGACAUAAGUAUAAAAUCAACUCAAAAAUCUUUAUCAUCCUGUCACGAUGCAGGAUGGAAUGAUCCACCAAAACGUAUGUUUAAUGCAACGAAAACUUCUUGUACAACACCGACAAAGAGACUAUUAAACAAACGAGUUGCAUUUCCAUUAAAUUCAACAGUAAAUACUUCAAAUCUUCCAAGUCAAACUCCAGUUUCUAUUCCAUCAAAUCUUCCGCCUCCACUUUCUUGCCAAGAGAAAAUAAACAAUACUCUUGUGCCAGAAUCGAGUAAAGGAGAUCAAGAAGAACAAGAUUCUAAUUCAUUAAUUCAUCAACAAGACUCACUAAAAGAAUUAUUAGCAAAUUUAGAAGUUCUUUUAGAAAAGCAUUUGCAUUCUGAGAGUAAAUCACAAAAUAUCAAAAAGAGAAUAGAAAUUAUGAAAAAUUUAUUGCAUGAUAAAAACUUAGAUGUUGAUAUUCACAAAACAGUUGUAGACUUAAUAAAAGCUCUCAUUGCAGAAGACAUUGAGAAAGCAGAUAAAAUUCAUAUUUCAUUAAUGAUGGAACGAGGUUCUUCUUGUUCUUCUUGGCUUCCUGGAAUUAGACAUUUGAUUUUUGAAAUGAAAUCCAAAAUGGUUACAAGCGAUACAAUGACAAAUAAUGAUUCGAAUACGAGUAUAAUAUCAACUCUUUCUUUAGAAUAAAUUUGCAUAAUGUUAAAUUUUUAAAAGUCAUAUUUCUAUUUCUAAAGAAAUAAUAUUUAUUAUACAGCAUUAUAAUUUUUAUUAAGUUUAGAAUAUUGCAAUCAAUUUUUUUUUUUAUAAAAUUAAAAACAUAUUUUAUUAGAUUUCUAUCACUAUGUAUACAUUUACGAUAACUGUUAAUAUUUAAUUGUUAAUAAACUUGGAUACAAAUAUUUGAAAAUAA